AUGAACAAAGUUAUCUGUCUUCUUUCACUAUUGUUGGCUACUUCUUAUGCACUUUAUGACUCAAGAUCCAAAGUGCAACUCCUUACCCCUCAAACUUUCAGAGAGAAGGUGCUGAAUUCUAAAUCUCUUUGGAUAGUGGAAUUCUUUGCUCCAUGGUGUGGUCAUUGCAAAGCCCUUGCCCCUGAAUACGAAAAAGCAGCAAAAACAUUAGAAGGAAUUGUGAAUAUAGCUGCAGUGGAUGCAGAUGCUCACAAAGAUCUUGGAGGACAAUAUGGUAUCUAAGGAUUCCCUACAAUCAAAUUUUUUGGAGAGAACAAAAAUUCCCCAUCUGAUUAUCAAGGAGAAAGAUCGGCUUAGGCAAUAAUCAACUUUGCAUUAGAAUAAGUCAAAUCGGUAAAUAUCUAUUCUAUUUAUUUUAGACUGUGAAUGGUAGGUAAAAAGGUAGUUCUUCAAAUAAAAAUUAAUAAAAAUAAUCCUCUGGUUCUGGAUCCGGAUCUGGCUCAGGAUCAGCCGAUGAUGUUAUUGUUCUUACAGAUUCAACUUUUGAUGAAAAUGUACUAAAAUCUAAAGAUUCUUGGUUUGUUGAAUUUUAUGCUCCUUGGUGUGGUCACUGUAAGAAACUAGAACCAGAAUGGAAUAAAGUAGGAUCAGAACUCAAAGGAAAGGUUAAAGUGGCUAAGGUUGAUGCCACUGCAAAUACCUAAUUAGCAUCUCGUUUCGGAGUUUCAGGAUAUCCAACUUUGAAAUUCUUCCCUGCAGGUUUCUCUAAUGAUUCAGAAGCUAUAUCUUAUGAUGGAGCCAGAGAUUCAUCUGCAAUGAUAGAAUAUGCUUUAGAAUAAUCUAACAAAUCAAAGAAGGUGGAAGUAGUAGAGUUACUAUCAAAAGAUGUUUUAACAGAAAAUUGCAUAGAUUUCAAUGGUAUUUAAUUAUUAUUAUUAUUUAGGUGUUUGCAUUAUUGCUUUUCUUCCUCACAUUUAUGAUAGUAAUAAAUAAGAGAGAAAUCAAUAUAUCAAUUAAUUAUUAGAAGUGGCAAAAUCAUUAAAAAACAAACCAGUCAAUUUCUUAUGGACUUAAGGAGGAGAUAACUAUGAAUUUGAAGAAGCAUUCUAAUGUGCUGCUGCUCAUCCUUCUGUUAUGGCUUUAAGUGGUAGAAAAUCUGUUUAUGCUAAACUCAAAGGUGCUUUUAGCAAAUAAAAUAUCGAAUAGUAAUCAAAUUAUAUUAACUGUAGAUUUGUCACUAAUGUAUUAAAUGGAAGAGAACACUUCAAUCAAUAUUCCAGGCUUCCCAAUUUUAAAAAAGUUGAUAAAUGGGAUGGAUAGGACCACAAACCAGUUUAUAAUGAUGAAUUUUGA